UAUGAUUAAAGUGUAACAGGAGCGAUAGAAUUAGAUGGAGUUUCUGUUAACAAUUCAUAAACUAAAAACAAAAUGCAAUCGAAUCGUCGCGAAUAGACUAUCGUCUGCAAUAUUCAUGUCAUUAGGCUCGAAAAUUGUAAAAAUUACUACUUUAUGCAUAGAGUCUCAAAAUUUGGUGACGCACUGACGCUGCGGCAGUGUCGAUUUUCUCCGAAACCUAUAAAGAUCACAUUCCCAAGCACAGAACAGUUGUACCAAUAUGUCUACCGAUUUAUGGAACAUGUACAUGGCAAAGGUUAUGUGAACGCGUUGUAAACAAUGCGUUUUUAUCUGUUUGUAUGAAAUGAACACGGUCCUAUUAUCUAUGAUUUAUUUGCGACAUGGGUGCAACCAUGUUGAAAUGAAGGUCUGAACAAUUAUCGAAAUUAGGUUCACAUAGGCGACGUAAUGAGUGAUUCGAGGCCGAGGUUUGUAAAACCUUCCGAGACUUUGAGCUUCCUUGAUCGGGACACGGCUUCCUCGUCAGUCGAAACGACAGAUUUUAUUUUUAAUAGGAAUAUAUCACGCUCUCUACAGACCCAGCGUCAAAGUCUGCCCAUAUUUAAUAACAGAAACCACAUACUGUACUUGUUAGAAAAGUACCAGACGUUGGUAUUGGUCGGCGAAACAGGUUGCGGCAAGAGCACUCAAAUACCGCAGUAUAUGAUAGAGGCCGAAUGGCCGGGCCAGAUCGGAGUGUGCGAGCCGCGCAGAGUCGCCGCGAUCUCGCUGGCAAACCGGGUGGCCGACGAGACGAGUUCAUUGGUGCAGGGUGACACGGUGGGGUACGCCGUGAGGUUCGACGCGUGCACGAACAAGCCCAAAAUAAAAUACAUGACGGAGGGGAUACUGCUGCGUGAACUGAUGUCCGAUCCGCUGUUGAAGAACUACUCGGCCAUCAUGCUGGAUGAGGUCCACGAGCGUAGCCUCUACACUGACGUCCUGAUGGGACUGAUGAAGAAAAUAUCGCGAAAAAGACCCGAACUGCGACUGAUCGUCGCGUCGGCCACCCUCGACGCGACCCACCUCCAACGGUUUUUCAACAACAACGUCGGCGACGAUCGCAAGCGCGACACGGCGACUAUCUUAUCGGUCGAGGGGCGGCAACACCCCGUAGAAAUCUUCUACGCCGCGGAACCGGUGCCCUGUUACGUGCAGGCGGCCGUCGACUUGACCGUGAAAAUUAACGCUUCCGGACAACCGGGUGACGUGCUCGUCUUUUUGACCGGUCAAGAGGAGGUCGAGCGCGCGGUCCGCCUCCUAAACGAACACGCCACCGCCAUCGAACGAUCGGGAAAAAAACAAAACAUGUACGUGGUGCCGAUGCACGGGUCGCUCUCGCAUCACCAGCAGCUCGCCGCGUUCAAGCGCCCUCCGGGUAACUUCCGGAAGCUCGUCGUCGCGACCAAUAUCGCCGAAACGUCGGUUACCAUACCCGGAAUCGUUCACGUUAUCGAUUGCGGCUUCGUCAAGAUGAAGUGGUACCACACGAGAACGCACACCGACGCCCUUGUUGUGUUACCCGUCAGCAAGUCGUCGGCGGAUCAAAGGGCUGGUAGGGCGGGGCGCGAGAAGCCCGGUCGCGUUUACAGGUUAUAUACCGAAGAAUUCGCUAAAAAGUUGCCGGAUAGCACGCCGCCCGAAACGGUCCGCACCAACCUGACCUACGCGGUCCUCCAACUCAAAGCGAUGGGCAUAAGGAACCUCAUAAAAUUUAAAUUUCCGAGCCCGCCGCCUCUGGAAAAUCUGCGCAGCGCGUUGGAAAUACUUUACGCCGUCGACGCGAUCGACAUCCGCUCCGAAUUGACGAAACCGCUCGGGUUUAACAUGGCCGAAUUCGCCCUCGACCCGCCCUAUUCGAAAGCGCUGCUCGUUUCGGGCGAAUGGGGUUGUUCCGAGGAAAUUCUCACGAUACUUGCGAUGCUGCAAGUGGAGUCGGUUUUUGCCAAACCGACCACGGGCACCGGUAUCGUUAAAGCUCGUGUGCAGCGUAGAUUGUUCGAGGUGGAGGAAGGAGACCUCAUCACUUACCUGAACGUCUUCAACGGCUACGUGGAGAGCGAACGAUCGCAGGCGUUCUGUCAGACGAAUUUCAUAAGCCACAGAAGCAUGAAACGUGUAUACGAAAUCAGGCGUAAUCUUGAGAAGACGCUCUGCAAUUAUGGAAUCCCGAUAGUAUCGAGCAAGUCGACCGAGACUAUACGAAAAUGUCUGGUGGCGGGGCUGUUCCCUAACGCCGCGUAUUUACACAACAGCGGGGUCUACAAGACUGUCCGUGGCGACGUCGACUUGUACGUCCACCCCCAGAGCGUGCUUUACACCGUGGAACAACCUCAGUGGGUUAUCUUCUGCGAGGUCGUUCACAGUGCUAAACUGUACAUGAAAGAUGUUACAGCCAUCCAAAGAGACUGGCUUCUGGAGCUUGCGCCCCACUUUUAUUACAAAACGACUGGUAGUGUAUACGAUUUGUAAAUGAGGCAAUAAAUUCAGUUGCAGAGUUGUUUCGAUGACACAGUCACCCACGUCGUGUUAAAAGUAAGAAAGAUCACUUGUGACCUAUGAUCUCUAAACAUUAUAAGUUACUUUACGCUUCCCUUCAACUCAGUCCGGGCAGGUAUUACCGGCUGACGUCACUCGUCGACCCAAUUUCGAAAACGCCUAUCGACGCCAUUUUUUUUCAGUGCCUUUUAAUAUCUAUAGCGCUGUGCUUUUUAGUACUUUUAAUUAAACGGAUGGACUUUAAUAGAAAACGUAAUACAGACGUAAUAUUGUUUGAAAAUACAACAAGACAGGUUUUAGAUAAGAUAAACAUAGCAUUUUAUUACUAAAAUGCCUUAUGGUUAAUGUAUUUGAAAUGUCAAUUUGAGCCUUUAUUAAAAUUUCUUUUAACGAGGUUUCUAAUGUUGCUCGUAUGAUUUGGUAAUAUUAAAAUGCCGCAUGCCCAAGCACUCCACAUAGAUUUAAGUUCUUUAACUGCAUGGAAUUCAUAAAAUUAAUUCUGCCUGUACUUGCCGUUUCCUUUACCCUUUACUCGGCGCUUAAGGCAACCUAUUUACAAAU